CUCACACUCCAAUCAGUCUGCACUCGCAUGUCCACGAGGUUGCUCGCACAGGCUUGCCGCAUUCCUUUCGCACUGACCCCUCUCUUGUACCUGGCUCACCACGUUUAGUGCAUUACCAGAGAGUCGUACCCGAGUGAACCGAGCCACCAGUUGAGGUACUUGUCGGGUAUUAUCAGACGCCAAGAGGUUAGGUCAGAGCGAUCCCUCGCCCGUGGCGGGAUUCCCGUCUCGUUUGAAUUUGAAUCCGCCGCGCCACGUUGUUUCCUUAAUCAUCGGACUACACGGUUUUUGACACGCGUCCGCAACGAUCAACCGACGUCCAGCGAAACAUUUCGGCGACUGUCAUCGUGAGUUUACGCCGUUUACCGAGGGUUUACCGUGGCUGUCGGACCGCGUGACAGGCCACGCGUUGAGGUUAGGUUUAUUCGUCGCCUAACGCGCUCUUUUCGAAUGGAUUGCUCGUGACGUACCACCGGAAUCGAUUUAUGCGGUUAUUAGUGCAAACAGCUGGUGAUAAGGACACGUUCCCUAAGAGACGGAUAAAGACCAUGAGAUUCGUGGAAAUAGAGUGAAUGUUUUCGGACGGUCGUAUUUCGUGCAGUGACUUCUUCGGUGAUCAGCAAAAUAUGGAUAAUUCUGCGUACGUGCCAAAUCAUCUACCGCCGCCGUCUCUGGUCGUGUUUUCACAGUCCGGGGGGCUGCCGGAGGCUCUGAGAAUGCAAAGACCCUUCAAUCCACAAGUGACUGAUUCGAAGGACCUCCAAGUGCCGUUCAGCACCGCGGCUUCCCUGGGCUACGGUCUCCAUCAUAUGCUCCACUUGCCGCCGCAGUUCCUGCAUCCCCUGGAUCACCGUUUGCCCUUUGGUGGAUUCAGGCCUCUCGGCCCGUCGGCGUUCGCUCCGCCGAGCAAGUGUCUGAAAGUGGAGACCGGAAACGGACCGGUGACCAGCUCCGGGUUGCCCAGCAUCGGCUCUCUUUCGAGCAUAUCGAACAUGUUCUCGCCGUCGUCGUUGUCCUCUGCCGGCGGUAGCGCGGUGGUGUCCGUUUCUGGAGCGACGACCGGUAUCGGAGGUGUUGGAGGCGGAGGUGCUGGCAGCGCAUCAGGACAAGAAGUCGCGCCGCAGAGCCCUGCUGGCUCGACGAGUCGGUCGCCCACCGGAUUGGGAACCGGGCCCGGAUCAGGCCCCAAUCGUGGCACCACGCCCGAAGAAGAGGAUCGCGACGCCAACGCUACCCCGGGCUCCGAGAACACCGAGCGGUCCACGCCUGAAGAAGGACGACCUUAUCGCCUGGGGCCUGUGUUCGGGGGCCGAUGCGGCGCGGAGGCGCUCGGGCUGGGGUUAGGGUUGUCGCUGGGCCCAGCCUACAGAUUCGCUCUGCCCCCGGGACUCGCUGCCAAGACCACCCGCUGCCUUGUAUUCGACCAAGGUAAAAAGAAGUUCCCGUCGGAUCCGUCCUGCUGUCCAGCUUGCGGGGUCACCGUGAGGCCGCAGGAACUGGAGCAACACUUUGCUCAAGAACUCGACCGGCUUUACAAAAUAUCGUCGGCGUCCUCGCGGUCGCGAGCUUCGAGAUCGAAUUUACCCCCCGGACAUCCGCCGGAUCAUCCCCAUGGACCGAUGCUCCAUACCCCAUCGGCUGUUGACGGAACACCUCAUGGGAGAUGGGAAACUUACAAGAGGAUUAAAGCGAAUAGGCAGUUGAAAUAGCGAUGGUUUUAUUAAGUUUCAAUUUAAGGAAUGUCAUCGAUUUUACACGAAAGUGCACGACC